AUGAAUUUGAAGCAGGUUUCCGAAGAUUUUGAAAAGAAUGGAUUGGCGGUGGUGAAGGGCUUCGCGAGCGCGGAAGAAUGCGAAGCGAUGAGGGAUGAAAUGAAAAAGAUUUGUGAGGGGUUGAAGGCGGAUGAGAUUCAUUGCUUUGAAACCGAAUCAGCGAACAAUGAUUAUUUUAUGAAUUCGGGCGACAAGAUCAGGUUUUUCUUCGACCCAGCUGCUUUUGAUGACCAAAAGAAUCUGAAAUCUACCGCUUUUACGUCGCUGAACAAAGUCGGUCACGCGCUGCACACUCACCCUGGGGUCUUCCAUGAAAUCGUAACUGCUCCAAAAACGAAGGAAGUUUUGAGAGCGAUCAAUUUGAAAAAAGUUUGCGUUCCGCAGAGUAUGUUCAUUUUCAAACAAGCGAAAUUCGGCUCCGCGGUCCCACCUCACCAAGACAGUACUUUUCUCCAUACAAGCCCGACUCAGACUGUCGUCGGUCUUUGGUUGGCUCUAGAAGAUGCGACGGAAGACAAUGGAUGCCUUUGGUUCAUUCCAGGGUCCCACAAGCCGUAUAAAAACGAGUCAAAGAGAGAAAAACUGGACCAUGCUUUUAUGAACCGCGUCCCCACUUCUGACGGCUCUGUCAGGACAGAAUACAGGCUUGGAACUUCGAAAGAAUAUUACGAAUCGUGCGACUUUACCUGGAUCCCAGCUCAGGUGAAAAAAGGAGACUUGGUUUUGAUUCACGACAUGGUCCAUCACAAAUCCCUGCCAAAUCACUCCAACAAAAGCAGGAAUAUCUACGCCUGGCAUCUUUUUGAAUCAUCUGAGGCUACAUGGGACUCGGACAACUGGCUUCAGUACCCAGAAGGAAAAUCUUUCAUGGAAUUCUCUACAGAAUAA